AUUCAGCCUGCUAAUAUAAUCGAAUUACACAGAGCUUUUUACAAUGAUUUUCAACUUGAAAUUAAAAUAUAUAUAAUCAGCGAUGGCUGAUUAACUAAAAUAGCUGGGCAGAGGAACAAUGGAGGAGCUGGAUGAGGCUCCAUCAACUUCCUCAAAAAUGGACCAGCGUGAUGGAACCCCAGAGCCUGUAGAUGACUCUGAUACAGGAAUGGUAAAUAUCAAACUUCCAGAGCAGCUUCAGAAAAUUACCCCUGCUGAGGAAUUUGUCUGUGUGCGGCAUAGAUGGAAUACCAACGAAGAAAUUGCGUCUGUUUUGAUUGCAUUUGAUCGCCAUAAAGAGUGGCUUGUGUUGCCUCAGAAAAUAAGGCCUGCCAGUGGUUCGAUGUUGUUGUACAACAGGAAAGUUGUGUUCUACAGGAGAGAUGGAUACUGCUGGAAGAAGAGAAAGAAUGGGAGCACUAUCAGAGAAGACCAUAUGAAGCUCAAAGUUCAAGGGCUAGAGUGUAUAUAUGGAUCCUAUGUGCACUCAGCUAUACUGCCAACCUUUCACAGAAGAUGCUAUUGGCUCUUGCAGAACCCCAACAUUGUCCUUAUUCACUACUUGAAUGUGCCAUACCCUGAAUCAGCCAAGCCACCAAUACCCUCACUGUCUUAUGAACUGCAGCAAAAGGACUGGACAAAAGAAGAGUUGGUUGAUCAGCUAAGGCCCAUGUUGUCACAAGUUGCUCAGGGGACAGAGCAUGACGUUGAAGAGGAUCAAAAGGUAGAAAAAAUGUUGGAAGAAAUUCUUCCUUUGCUGCUGCCAGCUCAAGAGAAUAAUAAAGUACCUCAAGGGUUGCCUCGUGGAACUCGACCUCUGGCGCCUGCUCCUGUCACGUCUGUUGUGUCCAGUUCCUCAUCCUCCUCUACCACAGUAUCUUCCUCCCCUGCUGUUAAAAGGCCAGCACGUAAGCAGUUUGUAACCAUGGAAACCCAGCCUGGUGCUAAACUGGACUCUACAUCCUUUCACCCCCAGCAGACCCAGAGUGCUGGGGGUCAGGUCAGGGUUACCACACAGCACCCAGCCUUGCUCGCAACUCAGCUGCUUCACUCUCAGCAGCAGCAGCAACCUAACCAAGGCAAUAUUCCAAAUAUCCAUUCCCUAACUGGCUCUAACCUUAUACAGAAGGUCAAUCCCACUACCCAUACAAUCCUAACCUCCUCCCAUGGUCAAAACUUUCAUUCAUCCCAUAAUAUUCCACAAAAUCUACAUGUAGCUGGCUUUGUCAACAAGAAUGUGGCAAGCUCGGCAAAUACCCCACGGUUUCUCACCAUAGGAUCUGAUGUUGUCAUAGCCAGUACAGCCUCGUCCAGCCAAGCACCUGGUACAGAGAGCCUGUCUUGUGCUGUACCCCAGCUGUUGUCCAGUGUCACCCCCAUCUACACCAGCCACGGGACCACUGCUCCAUUCAUCAACCAAGAGAUCCCCCCUAUACCCCAAUCUCCAGCGGAUAACACACUCAUCAUGACUACAACUUCACCAUUAGCAGUCACAAGAGAUCAGUAUUUAGGUAGCCAAGAAUCUCAAACUGAUCAGAACAUAGGAGUCCAGAAUCCUUUUCACCAACAGCAGCAGCUGGUGUACCAGCAAGUUGGUGAACAAAGCCAUUCCUUAUGUGUAGAUGAGCACCAGUUAAAAUUGCAACAACAACAACAGCAGCAACAACAGCUGCAGCAAGCCCCAGUGCUGACCCUUCACCUCAAGCCCUCUAACAGUUCAUCCUCUGACAGCCCAGGUUUUGUGCUAAGUUUACAAGGUGCCACCAUAGUCUCUCACAGUAAUGAGCAGCCUCCUCCUGGGUUUGCUGGCUUCAACAGCAGCCAGUCCCUGAACCUGCCAAGCAACCAGGCCCUUGUCUUUGUGGCCAGUCAGGGGCCCGGUGGGGGUCUGGUUCUCAACAGGAUCUCAUCCAGCGCUCAGCAGCAUCACACAACACCUGGAGCCCCGCAGCCCCAGAAAUCUUUCACCCACCAUACCUUGGAAAACAUGGACUCAGCUUUUACAGAUGUCCCGGUAGCCAUGACAACAGCAAUGUUUACACAGUCUGACCAUAACGAAAACCUGUCUCAAAAAUUUACUUACACCUCUCCCAUGACAGUGUCAUCUCUCAACCACCAACAGCAGGGCUACUCUGUAUUCUCAUCUUCAGGAACAAACGCCAGUUCCUUCCCCUUGAAAGUAGAUCAUCAAAUUUUCUCUGUACAUAGCCAGCAGUUUGACAACAACUUGAGUGAGAUGAAGAAAGAAGAGCAGCAGGACAACAAAAGCUCAUCCCCAACAUCCUUUGGUCAAAGCUCACACAGCAACAACACCACCAGCUACAGCAGCUCCUUCCUGUCUAACCAAUGUCAGCCCAGCUUCUCUGGCGCAUUGAUGAGGGGCUCAUCAGAACCUUCCACAGUAUUCUCCCUUCAGCAGGCCAUCUCACAAGGUCAUCAAGUUCACUCUCACCUUCCACAUUCAAUCCACUCACCCGACCUGAUGGCUGGACCUUCAGGCCUGAAUUCCUCAGUCAAAGAUAUGAUGACCAACCCCAACUCCUGUGAUACCCUGGAUGGCAGCUUUUCAUCACUGCCCAGCGCUGAUCUCAACCUAGAUGACCUCCUUGACCUUAACGACCUUGAUGAUGUGUCUGACCUUGGGUGCUCCCCCUUCACCCCAUCAGACAUCUCAGAACAGCCACACAUCAGCAAUGAGAUGAGUAUAGAGCCCAAAGGUGGGCAUGUUCAGGACAGUGGUGGCCUGCCCCAGAGCACUAUAGCAGAAAAUGUACCCCUGUUCACCUGUGUUAAUAAUACUUUGGGAUUCCAUCUGACCAAUCAAGGACUUCCACAGCCUCACGCACCCCUGUCUCCCCUCCACCCAGGGGCCCCGCCCCAGUCUUACUCCCCCAUGAUGCUGGCCGGCCCCUCAGAUCCCCACCAUCUCAGCUGUGAUAACAAUCAGGACAGUGACCCUGAACUCAACUCUGUGAUCAAAGACUUUAGCCCAGACUGGGCUUAUACAAAGACAAACACGAAAAUCCUAGUGGCAGGGCCUUGGUUUAGUGAGAAUGCUAACUAUUCUUGUGUCUUUGAUGGGGAACACAUUCCAGCCAUCUUGCUCCAGCCUGGCCUGCUCAGGUGCUUCACCCAAUAUCACUGCCCUGGGUACGCCACUCUACAAGUGGCACGCAAUGGUGUUAUCAUCUCCAACUGUGAAGUAUUUGAAUUCUGUGAUAAGGAGUGUAGAGACACAAGUACAACACAUCCUGAAUGGUUUGCUAUUGAUGCCAAUCAGCUGAGACUGUUGUUGGUUGAAAGACUAGAUCAGUUGAGAAGACGCUUCAUAAAUUCACAGUCAGUUUUUCAGGAUCACAUCUCAGAUGAUCCAGAAAGCCUGGAGGCAGCAUUGGUCCAGCAGGUCCAGUCCUUGUUGAAUCAGUCCUGGACAGAUACAAAUCUUUACCCUAAGGCUGGGCAGCAUAACCUCACCCUUUUACAUUUGGCAGCUGGGCUUGGUUUUGCCAAGCUGAUAUCCUGCCUCAUCCGCUGGAGAAUGGACAACAGCUGCGUGGCGUUGGAGUUUGAGGUAGAUGCUCAGAGUGUAGACAGUCACGCAUGCACACCACUGAUGUGGGCGUGUGCUUUAGGCAAGAUUGAUGCUGCUCUCACCUUGUACCACUGGAAUGCAUCACCUUUAAAAAUGUGCAACAAAGAUGGCCUCCUGCCCUUAACUUUAGCUAGACAAAAGGGACAUUACAAUCUGGCUAAUCAGGUGGAGCAGCUUGAACGAGCAAAGAAAGACCAAGCUUGUCAAGAGCAGCCAGAUUUUCACAACUCAACAAGUCAAAACAUGGAUGUCAGCUGUUCAUCUGUUGGGGGGCGGCCCAGCAGUGAGAGGAGGAAAAAUGAAUCCGAGUCUAAAGAUGAGUUGAAUGUUCCUCCACCAUCUUUCCCAAAGCCUGGCAGGCCAGGCCCAAAACUGAUUCGUAGAUAUAGUGAGCAGGUGAUCAGCCAACAGACCAGAACCCUGAGCAAGAGAAACUCUAUUGACAUCCUCCCCAGUGGUCAAGACAUUGACCAAGCCACCCUCCCCUCUGUGGGCUCGCCAAUGGGCCUGCCUGUAAGGGAGACCACCUCGGAGCCGCAGCUGCCAGUUAGCCCCGACAUGGCCUUUGUGGCCCCUCCUGCUCCCCGGCUCUUGUUGGAGGAUGAAAUUGAUGAGCCGACUGGAUACACAGGAGAACCUUCCAUGUCCAAAAUGGACACAGAUGAGGUGGUGUCUGUAAGAGGUGGAAGCCCAAUUAUAGAUGUUGAAAGACUUUCUUCAGAUGAUGAAGUGGAGGCCAAUAAAGGUAAUUAAAGUGUAUCACCAGAUGGAUCCAAGCAUCAAAUGGUGACACUAGCCAACCAGAUUAUUGCUGCCAUCCCUGAGAGGAUCAAGCUUUCCCCACCCAAGGGAGAUGAUGUGGAUGACUGUUCUAGUGGCAGGGGCAGAAGUGAGUCUCACAGUUCUCUCCCCUCACAAGGCUCACCCAGGCCAUCAUCUUUUGGGGAUGAUUCAGGGAUAUCAACACCCAUGACUGACAGUCUGGCCUUUGAGGAGUACAGGUACCCAGAGUUUGGUACCCCAGCAUCCAGCCUAAGCCCAGACUCGACCUGCCUGCCCAGCCCGUACAGCCCGUACAGUUUCACCCUGGACUCCCCACCUCCCACCACGGCAGAGUUCACGGAAUACUUCAAUGCUCCCACCACGUACAUGGAGAAGGACUUUUCCCAGCUCACUCUCUCUGACCAAGAGCAGAGAAAGCUGUAUGAAGCAGCCAAAGUGAUCCAGAACGCUUACAGACAUUACAGAGACAAGCAGCAGCAACAGCAGCAACAACUACAGCAUCAGAAGGAGAUUGAGGCUGCCAUCUUGAUCCAGAGCUACUACAGAAGAUAUAAAACGUAUGCCUACUACAAGAAAAUGAGCCAUGCUGCAGUCCUCAUCCAAAACCAGUUUAGAAGCUACUACGCCAAGCGCAAGAAGCGGGGGGAUAGUGGAGCAACCACACGGAGGGAAUCUGAGAGGUUGAAGAAAGGAAGGAACCAGUCUGUCAUCAUCCAGCAAAGGUUUAGGUCCCAUUACCAACGUCGAUCUCUGGACGGUAAAGAAGGAAGUGCUCAGCCAUCGGGUGAGGCACCUGACAGCUCCCCCCCUCCCCCAGAAACCAGCUCACAGUGCCCAGACGAGACCCAACCAACAGAUGCUGAGGGCAACACAGAAUGUGAGGGCAGUGCCCUGGGCGGGCAUGGUACAGGUGAGGAGGCAACAGAGGACCAGGUGGCGCUCUCACCUGGUGCGUCUAGCCAGGUGCGCAGGGAUGGUGUGUCUAGCCAGGUGCGCAGGGAUGGUGACGUGAACCUGGAGAAAGAUGUGGAAGCUCUGGUCAAGGACAUGGUGGCCAGCCACGGUCAACUGGACACUGGGGACAACUCCAGUGCUGUCAAAAUGGAGUAAUGGAACUUUAUUUCACGCCAGUGCUGUU